AUGCCCCGCGAAGCCCCUCAUCUUGGGGAGGAGCGACAUUCCACGAGCAGCGGCCUUAUCCCCAUCCUCGCCACGCCGUGGUCGCCGUUUCUGCCAAUGGAUGCGUCGCUCGGCGACAUGCUCGCACAGCUGCGACACGUGGCAGCUGUUGAGGCAGCACGGGCGGCAGAACAGGUGAUUCUUCCAAAAGACUUCACCCUGACCAUUCCACAUCCAGACAAUUCAACCCGCCCCCCCGCUCUCGACAGCGCCACCCCGUUGUCGUCACAGCAGCCCCUCAAAAUCACCAUUCGGUUGUUGUCCGUUGGCCACGUGGACUCCCGCCCUGCAUACCACUCCGCCAGGAGAGGAUGGGCGGGAGGUGGAUGGGGGGGAAGGGGAGGGGGGAUUGGCGGGGAGAGUGUGAGGGGAGCUGAGAUGGAGAGAGGAGGGGCGAGCAACGACUCACGUUCGCAGCUGCUUGGGGGCUCCAAGGCUGAAAGCAAGGUUCGGAUGGUGUGUGAAGGGCAAACGAGUCAGCAGGCUUGGGAGAGGUUCGGAGGGGAGUGGUGGGAGCAGAUGGGUGCGACAUGGAUGGGGAAGGCUGGGCAGGGCACGGCGGAGACGAGGGGGGAGAGUGGGCGGGAGAGUGGAAGGCAGGCAGGAGGGGCGGUGGAGGAUGGAAAGAGUGGUUCCGAUGUGGGUGUAGUGGGUGAGGGGGGCGUACGAGAGUGGCAGCAAGGGGAGGGAGUGCGAGCAGAGUAUGCAGGGUGGGAGGAGCAGCGGGUGCAAUCGCUGCUGCUGAUAGACAAGUACGGGCUCUCCCACCCACCCGUGCUGGCCCUCAUAGAGGGGCAGAGCGGUGCAGAGCGGUGCGCAGGGUACGAGUUGAGGGAGGAGAGGUGGUGGAAGGAGCAGGUGGCGAGGAAGCAGGAGAGGCAGGCGAAGAGGGGGCGUGGGAUGCAGGACGAGCAGCACGGAGGGGGGGAGCAAGGGGGUAACGGGCAAGAGGGUGGGUAUAUGAAGGAGGGAAUGGGGAUGGCAGGCAGAGGGCAGCUGAGCGAGUUGCAGGGUGGGGCGAGUGGGGGGCAGGAAGGGGGGGAUAGAGGGUGGGGUGGUGGGGUUCAUGGGGCGGACAGGGUGGACGGGUGGGAGGGGGCGGAAGGGACGACAAGGGGAAUGGCGGUGGAAGAGGCGGCGUCAGCAGUGUCCCCUACAGCACUGCCAGCACUGCUGGGGCUCUCCCGCUCCGACAUGCUGCGCCUCAUUGAGGUGCACCACGUGCUGCACUCCUUCCUGCCCUGCCUUCCGCCGCCCUCCCCCCAUUCCCCCCCCCUGCCUGCGCUAUCCCUGCCUGCCCUCGCCCACCACCUCGCCUACCCGUCCGCCCAUCUGCCCGCGUCAGCUGGUGCAGCGAGCGCACGCAGUGCCGUCACUGCUGGCGAGCAUGGCACGACGCCCCUGGUGGCGCGCAUGCACGUGACGCUGCUGCACCUGCUGCUGCCCGCCGCCAUGCCUGCUGUUGCUGCACGCGAGGUGAUCGGCGGGCGCGAGAGGGAUGGAAGAGGGAAGGAGAGGGAAGCCGCAGAAACCGAAGCGAGAGUUGGUGUAGUGAGUGGUGGCAAUGCUGCUACCUCUGCUGCUGCUGCUACAAUGCGCUCUCCUGCUUCCCUCACAGGCGACCACAUGGGCUUCAGUGCUGCUGCUGUGAGUGAUGCCAGCUCCGACCUGCUGAUGUGUCCCAUUGAUGAGCUGACGUGGCCUGAGGUGGCAUGCAGGGUGCUUGCCGUCAGCACUGCAUUGCUGCAGGAAGAGAGGAAGGAGCGCAGGGCGCAUGGAGGGGAUGAAAGGGAGGGGAGGCGAGGGACGAGGGGAGGGGGAAGGCGAAGGAGGGGGGCAAGCAAAGUGGGCAAAGCGGACGGGGAGGAGGAGGUCGGCCGAGGCAGCGGCAGGGAGGACGGGAGGCAAGGGGUGGGACAGGGAGGGGUGUGCGGGCGCAGCCCGUGGGAGCAGGGGCGGCUGACGCGGUGCAUCGCUGGCGAUGGCGGGCCGCUGCUGGGCCACUGGCUGGGCACCCCUGGUGCCAUGCACGACGCUGCUGCGCUGGCCACAGCGGAGAAGCAGCUUGCGCGGGUGGCCGCCUCCCAGCUGCACGCCACUACUGCCACCACUGCUGCUGCUGCUGCUCCUGCCCCUGCGGGCGUGGCAGCAGGAGGGCUGGGCAGUGGCGCAGGCAAGGGCAAGGCGGGGCGGGGGGCUGCGGCAGCAGCGUGGUUGGGGUCAGCGGGUGACGAGCAGGGAGGGAAGGAGGCAGCGGCGGUGGCAGAGGCAGAGGAGAAUGACAGCCGUGCUGCGAGUGCCGCUGUGCCGCAGGCGCCAGGAGUGAAGGAGGAAGCGGGCAGUGAAGCUGCCACCGCUGCUCACGGUGCUGCUGGGGGUCUCCCUGGUGGGGCUGCUGGGGGUCUCGCUGGUGGCGCUUCUGGUGGGUGCUGUGCUGCGCAUGGUUGCUGUGCAUGCAUGGGGGGUGUGCUUGUGUGUGCAUGGGGGGUGUGUGCAUGGGGGGUGUGUGCAUGGGGGGUGUGUGCAUGGGGGGUGUGUGCAUGGGGAGUGUGCAUGGGGAGUGUGCAUGGGGAGUGUGCAUGGGGAGUGUGCAUGGGGAGUGUGCAUGGGGAGUGUGCAUGGGGAGUGUGCAUGGGGAGUGUGCAUGGGGAGUGUGCAUGGGGAGUGUGCAUGGGGAGUGUGCAUGGGGAGUGUGCAUGGGGAGUGUGCAUGGGGAGUGUGCAUGGGAGUGUGCAUGGGAGUGUGCAUGGGAGUGUGCAUGGGGAGUGUGCAUGGGAGUGUGCAUGGGGAGUUGUGCAUGGGGAGUGUGCAUGGGGAGUGUGCAUGGGGAGUGUGCAUGGGGAGUGUGCAUGGGGAGUGUGCAUGGGGAGUGUGCAUGGGGAGUGUGCAUGGGGAGUGUGCAUGGGGAGUGUGCAUGGGGAGUGUGCAUGGGGAGUGUGCAUGGGGAGUGUGCAUGGGGAGUGUGCAUGGGGAGUGUGCAUGGGGAGUGUGCAUGGGGAGUGUGCAUGGGGAGUGUGCAUGGGGAGUGUGCAUGGGGAGUGUGCAUGGGAGUGUGCAUGGGGAGUGUGCAUGGGGAGUGUGCAUGGGGAGUGUGCAUGGGGAGUGUGCAUGGGGAGUGUGCAUGGGGAGUGUGCAUGGGGAGUGUGCAUGGGGAGUGUGCAUGGGGAGUGUGCAUGGGGAGUGUGCAUGGGAGUGUGCAUGGGAGUGUGCAUGGGGAGUGUGCAUGGGGAGUGUGCAUGGGGAGUGUGCAUGGGGAGUGUGCAUGGGGAGUGUGCAUGGGAGUGUGCAUGGGGAGGGAGUGUGCAUGGGGAGUGUGCAUGGGGAGUGUGCAUGGGGGAGUGUGCAUGGGGAGUGUGCAUGGGGAGUGUGCAUGGGGAGUGUGCAUGGGGAGUGUGCAUGGGAGUGUGCAUGGGGAGUGUGCAUGGGGAGUGUGCAUGGGGAGUGUGCAUGGGGAGUGUGCAUGGGGGGUGUGCAUUGGGAGUGUGCAUGGGGAGUGUGCAUGGGGAGUGUGCAUGGGGAGUGUGCAUGGGGAGUGUGCAUGGGGAGUGUGCAUGGGGAGUGUGCAUGGGGAGUGUGCAUGGGGAGUGUGCAUGGGGAGUGUGCAUGGGAGAGUGCACUGGGAGUGUGCAUGGGGAGUGUGCAUGGGGAGUGUGCAUGGGGAGUGUGCAUGGGGAGUGUGCAUGGGGAGUGUGCAUGGGGAGUGUGCAUGGGGAGUGUGCAUGGGGAGUGUGCAUGGGGAGUGUGCAUGGGGAGUGUGCAUGGGAGAGUGCACUGGGAGUGUGCAUGGGGAAUGUGCAUGGGGAGUGUGCAUGGGGAGUGUGCAUGGGAGAGUGCAUUGGGAGUGUGCAUGGGGAGUGUGCAUGGGGAGUGUGCAUGGGGAGUGUGCAUGGGGAGUGUGCAUGGGAGUGUGCAUGGGGAGUGUGCAUGGGGGGUGUGCAUGGGGGGUGUGCAUGGGGAGUGUGGAUGGGGAGUGUGCAUGGGGAGUGUGCAUGGGGAGUGUGCAUGGGGAGUGUGCAUGGGGAGUGUGCAUGGGAGAGUGCAUUGGGAGUGUGCAUGGGGAGUGUGCAUGGGGAGUGUGCAUGGGGAGUGUGCAUGGGGGGUCUGCAUGGGGAGUGUGCAUGGGGAGUGUGCAUGGGAGAGUGCAUGGGGAGUGCAUGGGAGUGUGCAUGGGAGUGUGCAUGGGGAGUGUGCAUGGGGGUGUGCAUGGGAGUGUGCAUGGGGAGUGUGCAUGGGGAGUGUGCAUGGGGAGUGUGCAUGGGGAGUGUGCAUGGGGAGUGUGCAUGGGAGUGUGCAUGGGGAGUGUGCAUGGGAGUGUGCAUGGGGAGUGUGCAUGGGGAGUGUGCAUGGGGGGUGUGCAUGGGGAGUGUGCAUGGGGAGUGUGCAUGGGGAGUGUGCAUGGGGAGUGUGCAUGGGGAGUGUGCAUGGGGAGUGUGCAUGGGGAGUGUGCAUGGGAGUGUGCAUGGGGAGUGUGCAUGGGGAGUGUGCAUGGGGAGUGUGCAUGGGGAGUGUGCAUGGGGAGUGUGCAUGGGGAGUGUGCAUGGGGAGUGUGCAUGGGGAGUGUGCAUGGGGAGUGUGCAUGGGGAGUGUGCAUGGGGAGUGUGCAUGGGGAGUGUGCAUGGGGAGUGUGCAUGGGGAGUGUGCAUGGGGGAGUGUGCAUGGGGAGUGUGCAUGGGGAGUGUGCAUGGGGAGUGUGCAUGGGAGUGUGCAUGGGGAGUGUGCAUGGGAGUGUGCAUGGGGAGUGUGCAUGGGGAGUGUGCAUGGGGAGUGUGCAUGGGGAGUGUGCAUGGGGAGUGUGCAUGGGGAGUGUGCAUGGGGAGUGUGCAUGGGGAGUGUGCAUGGGGAGUGUGCAUGGGGAGUGUGCAUGGGGAGUGUGCAUGGGGAGUGUGCAUGGGGAGUGUGCAUGGGGAGUGUGCAUGGGGAGUGUGCAUGGGGAGUGUGCAUGGGGAGUGUGCAUGGGGAGUGUGCAUGGGGAGUGUGCAUGGGGAGUGUGCAUGGGGAGUGUGCAUGGGGAGUGUGCAUGGGGAGUGUGCAUGGGGAGUGUGCAUGGGGAGUGUGCAUGGGGAGUGUGCAUGGGGAGUGUGCAUGGGGAGUGUGCAUGGGGAGUGUGCAUGGGGAGUGUGCAUGGGGAGUGUGCAUGGGGAGUGUGCAUGGGGAGUGUGCAUGGGGAGUGUGCAUGGGGAGUGUGCAUGGGGAGUGUGCAUGGGAGUGUGCAUGGGAGUGUGCAUGGGAGUGUGCAUGGGGAGUGUGCAUGGGGAGUGUGCAUGGGGAGUGUGCAUGGGGAGUGUGCAUGGGGAGUGUGCAUGGGGAGUGUGCAUGGGGAGUGUGCAUGGGGAGUGUGCAUGGGGAGUGUGCAUGGGGAGUGUGCAUGGGGAGUGUGCAUGGGGAGUGUGCAUGGGGAGUGUGCAUGGGAGUGUGCAUGGGGGGUGUGCAUGGGGAGUGUGCAUGGGGAGUGUGCAUGGGAGUGUGCAUGGGGAGUGUGCAUGGGGGGUGUGCAUGGGGAGUGUGCAUGGGGAGUGUGCAUGGGGAGUGUGCAUGGGGAGUGUGCAUGGGGAGUGUGCAUGGGGAGUGUGCAUGGGAGUGUGCAUGGGGGGUGUGCAUGGGGAGUGUGCAUGGGGAGUGUGCAUGGGAGUGUGCAUGGGGAGUGUGCAUGGGGGGUGUGCAUUGGGAGUGUGCAUGGGGGGUGUGCAUUGGGAGUGUGCAUGGGGAGUGUGCAUGGGGAGUGUGCAUGGGAGUGUGCAUGGGGGGUGUGCAUGGGGAGUGUGCAUGGGGAGUGUGCAUGGGAGUGUGCAUGGGGAGUGUGCAUGGGGGGUGUGCAUUGGGAGUGUGCAUGGGGAGUGUGCAUGGGGAGUGUGCAUGGGGAGUGUGCAUGGGGAGUGUGCAUGGGGAGUGUGCAUGGGGAGUGUGCAUGGGGAGUGUGCAUUGGGAGUGUGCAUGGGGAGUGUGCAUGGGGAGUGUGCAUGGGGAGUGUGCAUGGGGAGUGUGCAUGGGGAGUGUGCAUGGGGAGUGUGCAUGGGGAGUGUGCAUGGGGAGUGUGCAUGGGGAGUGUGCAUGGGGAGUGUGCAUGGGGAGUGUGCAUGGGGAGUGUGCAUGGGGAGUGUGCAUGGGGAGUGUGCAUGGGAGUGUGCAUGGGAGUGUGCAUGGGGAGUGUGCAUGGGGGGUGUGCAUGGGGAGUGUGCAUGGGGAGUGUGCAUGGGGAGUGUGCAUGGGGAGUGUGCAUGGGGAGUGUGCAUGGGGAGUGUGCAUGGGAGUGUGCAUGGGAGUGUGCAUGGGGAGUGUGCAUGGGGAGUGUGCAUGGGGAGUGUGCAUUGGGAGUGUGCAUGGGGAGUGUGCAUGGGGAGUGUGCAUGGGGAGUGUGCAUGGGGAGUGUGCAUGGGGAGUGUGCAUGGGGAGUGUGCAUGGGGAGUGUGCAUGGGGAGUGUGCAUGGGGAGUGUGCAUGGGGAGUGUGCAUGGGGAGUGUGCAUGGGGAGUGUGCAUGGGGAGUGUGCAUGGGAGUGUGCAUGGGAGUGUGCAUGGGAGUGUGCAUGGGGAGUGUGCAUGGGGGGUGUGCAUGGGGAGUGUGCAUGGGGAGUGUGCAUGGGGAGUGUGCAUGGGGAGUGUGCAUGGGGAGUGUGCAUGGGAGUGUGCAUGGGAGUGUGCAUGGGGAGUGUGCAUGGGGAGUGUGCAUGGGGAGUGUGCAUGGGGGGUGUGCAUUGGGAGUGUGCAUGGGGAGUGUGCAUGGGGAGUGUGCAUGGGGAGUGUGCAUGGGGAGUGUGCAUGGGGAGUGUGCAUGGGGAGUGUGCAUGGGGAGUGUGCAUGGGGAGUGUGCAUGGGGAGUGUGCAUGGGGAGUGUGCAUGGGGAGUGUGCAUGGGGGGUGUGCAUGGGGAGUGUGCAUUGGGAGUGUGCAUGGGGAGUGUGCAUGGGGAGUGUGCAUGGGGAGUGUGCAUGGGGGGUGUGCAUUGGGAGUGUGCAUGGGGAGUGUGCAUGGGGAGUGUGCAUGGGGAGUGUGCAUGGGGAGUGUGCAUGGGGAGUGUGCAUGGGGAGUGUGCAUGGGGAGUGUGCAUGGGGAGUGUGCAUGGGGAGUGUGCAUGGGGAGUGUGCAUGGGAGUGUGCAUGGGGAGUGUGCAUGGGGGGUGUGCAUGGGGAGUGUGCAUGGGGAGUGUGCAUGGGGAGUGUGCAUGGGGAGUGUGCAUGGGGAGUGUGCAUGGGGAGUGUGCAUGGGGGGUGUGCAUGGGGAGUGUGCAUGGGGAGUGUGCAUGGGGAGUGUGCAUGGGGAUGGAGACACAGAAUUGUUGAUGUGUGGUGUGCAGGGCAGCCGUGUCUCGACGGCCUCCACACCCGCUCAUCCCCGCCCCAGUGGGUGCUACUGCUGGAGCCCAUCCGCAAGAUGCAGACCAACGUCGGCGCCCGCAUCCGCAACUGCAUCCGCGCCGCCCUCGACUGCCACGUGGCACCGCCUGAUUGGGCGGUGGAGCGGCUGCAGUGGGCGAUCAGCAAGGAGGUGUACAAGGGGAACGCGUCAGGGCCCACUAAGCGCGCGGCCAUCGAGGUGAUGGACAAGCUCCUCGCCCUCCAGCCCUCCUCUGCUGCCGCCCCUCCCUCUCCCUCCGCACGUGCCGCUGCUGCUGCCUGGGGUGGCGCCAAGGUGGAGCGAGAUGCAGGAGGAGCAGCGAGGGGCGAUGGUGCUGCUGACAGCAAGGGCAAGGCGAGAGAGAAGGAUGGUGGGACGGCUGUGGGGAGAGGCGGGGCAGAGAGUGGCGAUGAUGGGGGCUCGCACGCACAUGGCAAGUGCCACACAGGUGAGGGAGGCGGGAGUCAGCCCUGUGCUGCGCAUGCCGCUGCUGGGCCAACAUUAGCACCACACUCGGGGGCAGGCGCUGUAGCAGGGCUGGCAGGGCCUAGCGGCCUGGCGGGGGGAGCAGCAGCAGCAGCAGCAGCGGGGCGUGUGCUGUCGCCUCUGAUGCAGCAGUGCCGUGCGGUGCUGUGGCAGCUGGCCCACGCCGACCACCUGCGCGCCUUCACCUACUUCUGGGGCGUGGGGCCCGUGGCACCCGCGGGGGAGGGGGGGAAGGAUGCCGCCGAGGAUGCAGGAGGCGCGUGGGCAGGGGGGGCAGGGGGGGCAGGGGGGGCAGGGGGGGCAGGGGAGGGCAGAGGGAGGGUGGGCAGCAGUGCAGGCCAUGUGGGCAACGAGGGGGGGGCUGGGAAGGGCAUGAGAGGGGUGGUGGGGAAGGGGUUGGCGUUGGCACAGCACGAGCAUGGGGGGCGGCGGGUGGCGCUCACAGGGGCGGUGAACACGAGAGGGAGCGACGGCACAGCAGGGGCAGCCCUGGCAGCGGCGAUUGUGGGGGGUGCGGUGGGGGGGGAAGUGCGGAGGGCGGGGUGGGCUCCGCGGCAUGCAGUGGCGCGGCCCAUUGACCUGCGCACCAUCGAUGCUCGCGUGGUGAUGGGCGCCUAUGGCCAGUCCGCUGAGGGCUUCAUUGCUGACGUCAAACAGGUGAUUGCUGACGUCACACAGAUGUGGAUGAACGUGCGAGUGGGCUACAGGAAGCCGCACCCCAUCUUCCUCUCCAUGCUGCACCUCGCGCCGCUCUUCGACAAGCUCCUCGCCUCCCAGGUGGGCUGCUCGCCUCCCAGGUGGGCUGCUCGCCUCCCAGGUGGGCUGCUCGCCUCCCAGGUGGGCUCCUCGCCUCCCAGGUGGGCUGCUCGCCUCCCAGGUGGGCUGCUCGCCUCCCAGGUGGGCUGCUCGCCUCCCAGGUGGGCUGCUCGCCUCCCAGGUGGGCUGCUCGCCUCCCAGGUGGGCUGCUCGCCUCCCAGGUGGGCUGCUCGCCUCCCAGGUGGGCUCCUCGCCUCCCAGGUGGGCUGCUCGCCUCCCAGGUGGGCUGCUCGCCUCCCAGGUGGGCUGCUCGCCUCCCAGGUGGGCUGCUCGCCUCCCAGGUGGGCUGCUCGCCUCCCAGGUGGGCUGCUCGCCUCCCAGAUGGGCUGCUCGCCUCCCAGGUGGGCUGCUCGCCUCCCAGGUGGGCUGCUCGCCUCCCAGGUGGGCUGCUCGCCUCCCAGGUGGGCUGCUCGCCUCCCAGGUGGGCUGCUCGCCUCCCAGGUGGGCUGCUCGCCUCCCAGGUGGGCUGCUCGCCUCCCAGGUGGGCUGCUCGCCUCCCAGGUGGGCUGCUCGCCUCCCAGGUGGGCUCCUCGCCUCCCAGGUGGGCUCCUCGCCUCCCAGGUGGCCGUCACGUGCCAUAUGGCCCUAGCCGUUCCCUCCUUCAAUGCUCCUACUCCCCCCAAUCACUGCGCAACCAACUCCGCACCUCUUGACACUCCUCCCGUCCACGACCUCCCCGUCUCUGCCCUGCACGCAACUCCCCCUCGUCCCCCUCAGGGCCUGUUCGCCACGGCUCCAAUGCUGCCCCCGCGCCCGCCAACGCCGGGGCCAGACAGAGCCGGGGGAAGGGGGCGGGGGGGUCAGGCAGGGGGGAAGGCAGCAGCGGGGGUGCCCCCGUGGAGUCGGGAGGGGUGCUUGGUGUGCGGGGUGGACGUGGACGAGCGCGCCGUGCUGCUGUGCGACGGCUGCGACCGCGAGUUCCACCUCUACUGCCUGCUGCCGCCCCUCGCCCGCGUGCCCCGUGGCAACUGGUACUGCCCGCUGUGCGUGCAGGGGGGUAGGGCGCGGGAGGCAGGCUGGGGAGAGGAGGAGGACGACGAGGAGGAGGAGGACGGGGAGGAAAGGGGGGAAGGAGAGGAGGAGGGAGAAGAAGAGGAGGAGGCCAGGGGCGUUGCGGUAGGAGAGGAGGGAGUGGGGAGAGAGGGGGCGUUGGGGUGUGGGGAGGAGGGGGAGUGGGAGGAGAGUGCAAUGUAUGUGGUGGCGAGGCACCUCAGCAGCUGCCACUACCACCGCAUGACCACCAGCCUUAGAAUCCUUCUUCUCCACACCCUCUGUCGCCUGGUGGUUCGCACGCCAGCCUACCAGAGCUUCUGCCACAAGCAGCAGCAGCAGCAGCAGCAGGAGGAGGGGGAGGGGGAGGAGGAGCAGCAGCGCGUGGCAGUGGCGUGGUGUGGCAGGUUCAUGGCAUGGGGCGCCACUCGCCGUCGCUCUCCGCGCUCUGCCCAGCCAUGGCGCCCCCACGCGCCCCACUGGCCGCAGCAGCUGCGCCUGCUGAUGGCUCUUGGGAGCGACUCCCAUGCGGAUAGGGGGCAGGGGUAUAUGCAUGGCGAUGGGGAUGAAGAUGAGGAAGAGAGUGAAAAGAGUGUGGAGGAGGUGGGAGGGAGUGAGAAGAAGAGGGGUGGAAGGACGAAGCGGUUGACAGGCGGCAAGAGAAGGAGGAGUCAGAAGAGUGUGGUGUAUGGGGGUGAGUGGGGUGAGGGGCAAGGCAAGGAGGAGGUGGGGAGAGAGGAAGAUCAGGGCGAGGAUAAGACGGAAGAGGAGGAAGAAGAGGAGGAGGCAAAGGAAGAGAGCGGGCAGGAGAGUGAUGGGAGGAGUGAGGAGGGGAGUGAUGGGGGGCGGCAGGAGGUGGUGGAAGACGGGGGGGCAGGGCGCAUGCAGCUGUGGUGCUCCAGUGCUGCGCUGCCCAGGGUGAGAGGCGUGCAGGGAGAGAAGCAGGAGGCCGGUGGAGCCGUGGGGUUCGUCGGAUCGGAUGAGAUCGGACGGCUGUUCUUUGUCGUUACCAUGAGCAGUGAUGGAAGCGCAGGUCAUGAUUUUGCUGCUGCCAACGAUGCUGGUGCUGCAGCAUACACAGGGGGAGCAGCAGCAGCGGUGCUGGUGUGGUGGCCUCGUGGGGCCCGUGCCUCCACCCUCGUGCACCCCGCCCUCCCCCAACCGCCUUCAUCUGCCUCACCGCGCCACACCCACCCCCCUCACCGCUUGUGGCCGGCAUGCAGGGGGGCGUGCCGCCACGCAGCGUGCUCGCGCCGUGUGCCCCUGGGGGGCGCGCUGCUCGCCUCUGCCACCGCUGCUGCUCGUGGGGAGCCUGGAGUGUGUGAGUGGGUUGCAGGAGAGGGCGAGCAGGGAGAGUGGCGCUGGUACGUGUGGCGGGGUGCUGUAGUUCCGAACAGGGGUGGUGCCACGGGGAAAGGAAGGGACACGCUGGGUCAGACAAAGGUUGCGUCUGCCUCUGCUGCUGCUGACGUGGAUGCUCUUCUUUCCUCAUUGGCUACAGCAGCAACACCUGGCAGCCAGGUGGCAAGGGUUCACAGGCGGGUGCAGCAGGUGCUACAUGAGCAGUGCGGGCGUGUGGUUGAAGCAGUAUGUGCGCAGCAGCCCGGCAGGCCCGUGCAUCCCCAUGAGCCCUCACCUGCACACCCCGCACACUCCACCCUCUCCCUUUCGUCCCUGCCACCCCUGCACUCACUCCCACUCCACUCUAUCGAACCACCCACCAAGCCGCCCACUAAGCCAACUUCCGAGCCACUCACCGAGCCAUGCACCCCAAGCCUCCGCUCCCUGCGAGCUAUGGCCUUUCUGGAAGAACGGUUCGGAGCGGUGGAGUUGGAUGGUGCCGUGCCAAUGGGAGGGGAGGGGGACGGGGGAAAGGAGGGAGGCAGGGGGGAGAAGGGGAAGGGCAGAGGAGGAGAGAAAGGGGCAGCGCACAAGGGCGCCCUGGGGGUGACAGCUGGCGGUGCGGGGAGGAGGGGCGUGUGGCGGUGUGAGUGCUUGGAGCUGCAGUGGGCUGCCAGGUGGCACUGCGUGAUUUGCCACGAGACUUACAGCGCCAAGGCGGAGUUUGAAGGGCACAAACGGGCAUGCCGGCUGAGGGCUAAGGGAGGCAGGGGGGGCGGACGGGGUGGGGGGAGGGGAGGGAAGGGAGGGGAUGUGAGGGGGGAGCGGGAGGAGGAGCGGAAGGGAGGGCACAGGAUGGGUGGAGGGGCAGUGCUUGGUGUGGGCGGCAGGGUGCAGACGAGUGGGGACCGGGCGAUGGAAGAGGGGGAGAGGGAGGGAGGGCUGUGGCACAGGUUUGCAGGGGAGGAGGAAGAUGCAGGGACUGUGUUCGAUCCCCCCAGCACUGCUCACCUGCCACCUGCUGACGUGGCAGCUCGUGCAGCCACAAGACAUCAGUGUGAUGCUGAUGGCAUCUUUCCACCUGGCGCAAUCAAGCUGUGCGACAUCAUGGCCACUCCACCAGCUGCCACGUCACCAGUUGACACGUCACCAGCUGCCACGUCAACAGCUGCCACGCCACCAGCUGCCACGUCACCAGCUGUCACGUCACCGUCCCCAGAAGUAGCAGUUGCCCCAGGGGUGGCAGGCGGUGUUUCUGUGGGGCAGGCAGUGGUGGGCAGGAGUGUGGCGACGCUGGGCGAUCGCAUGAGGGUGGUGGCCGGUGAGCAGGGCGAGGGGGCUUGCAGCACAGUGGAGCAGGGGCACGUGGUGGGGGGUGUGGCACACAAGAGGCCGCGAGGGGCGGAGGGGGGCGGUGAGGAGGAGCUGCUGAGCGGCUGCCAGCUGCUGGAUCCCCGCACGGGGAAGAGGCGGAAGAAUGGCGAGGGGCGAGGGAGGGGGAAGAGUGGAGGGUUGAGAGAGAGAGGGGAUUCUAAUGAAGGUGGGGAGGGGGGGAGGAGGGGGGAGCGUGCAGCAAUGGUAGGAGGAGGCGGGGGAGGUGUGGUGGUGGCAGAUGGGAGUGUAUCUGCUGUCCCUGCUGCACGUGCACUCACAAUCUCCCUUGCUGCUGCUGCUGCUGCUGCUGCUGCUGCUGCUGCUGCUGCUGCUGCUGGCACUGCUGGUUUCAGCGGUGCUGCCUCUGCCGCGGCCACUGCUUGCACUGAACCUGACGCUGACAGUGCUGCCACUGCUGCCGGUACCACGAGCAGAAGUACGAAGGAAGGAGGGGAUGAAGGGGCAUUGCAGCGGAGUGGCAGCAGUGGUGUGGAGGAGUGGGAGGCGCUGUGUGGCGGGCUCGCGCCCAUAGAGCACCUCACAGAGGGCAUCGCGCCUCCACCUGCUGCCGCUCCGCUUGGCGGUGCUCUUCCCGCCACCCUUGCUCUGCCAACUCAUGCUGACGUGGAUGUGUGGGCUGCUGACAUGGAGAGUGAAGACACGGAGAGAACGGGCAUGGAGGGGACAGGCAUGGAUGGUGUGUCUGUGGAUGGUUGGGGCAGGCAUGGCAGCGCACUCGGUGCCAUGUCGGGGGAUGUGACCUCCCCCAUGCCGCUCUCUGCCUGGGCCAGCCCCUGGGACCACCUGCCACUCGCGCCCGAUGGCACCACCACACCUCACGUCGGCAGCAGCAACUCCUGCGCUCUCAGCACCUCUCCACCGCACCCAACCGCUCUCCUCAUCCGCAACGUCUCUCUCAGCCAGCAGGCACCCGCCAUCAUCCCUUCCCCGCCUGCGCCCGUGCCUCCCCAUGUUCAAGUGCCCUCGCUGCCAUCACCUGCCCUCGCUUCUCCAGGCCAUCUGGGAGGCGUGGGUGGGGGAGGGGGUGUGGCUGUGAGUGAUGGCAAGGAGGGGAGCGAGGGCGGGGCAGGGGGCGAGUGGGAGGAGGCGGUGGUGCUGGUGCUGAAGCGCGAGCUGCUGGACGUGGAGGCGGCGGCGGGAUACAUUCCAGUCCCUUGCACCACUUGGCACACAUUCACCUCAUACCCUCCCUCCCCCACUUGUCCCCGUGUGCCCCAGCUGCUGCAAGCCUGCAUCCUGCUUGAGCUCGCCAUCCGGGCCGACCGCCUCGCCCUGGGCUGGCGCUUCUGGUGCUCCCCGGCUGCCGCCGCCUCGUGCGCCACGCUGGCAGCGCUGGCCCUGCGAGUGCGCGCCCUGGACCGCGCCAUCCUCUACUUCAAGGGCCCCCUCCGCCCCGCCGCUGCCGCACGCGCCCUGCCCCGCGCCCAUGGCGGUGGGGGCGAGUCCAAGGGAGCAGGGGGGGUGGUGGUGGAGAGCAAGAGGGGUGGGGGGGUGCCGGCGGUGGUGGUGGCGGAGGAGGCGGAUGUGGUGGAGGUGUCAGCUGCGAGUGGCGAGGGGGAGGGCGGCAGUGGCAGUGUGGAGUUUGACAUGUUUGACGAGGAGACGGGUGCCGCGGCAGAGGUUCUCGAGAUGCUCAAGGCGCUGGGUUGA